CAGAUGCCCCCAACUGCCCAAUCAGCGCACAUGCGGCCAAAAGUGUCCGGGCCAGCUGAAGCAGAGCGAUCGCCCAAAGCACGCAUAUUAAUCUGCCUAAUGUCGAUAUGCCGUCCGGAGGAGGCUGGACGACGUCGACCUUCACCCGAAAGCCCGCCGUGAUCUGAUACUGCUCCGCGUCUCUUCCUCCACCUUCAACACCUAUUAUCUGCGCCAACCAUUGUGCUUCGGGCCGCUAUCGCAACGGUGAUACUGCAGGCACUACCCAGAACAAGCACUCGUCGAGCUGUUUCUACGCUCCGUCUGCCCCCAUACGCAAACGCAGCCGUUCGCGACACUAAUUCCGCUGCGCUACAGCUUCGCGACAUAUAUCUCACCGGCAAUCCGUCAUGGUUGAGCUGCGCAAGCGCAAGACGCCUCCGCCCGCCCCGGUGCGCCCGGCGAAGAAGAAGGCCGCCCCCAAGUCCAAGGCCGAGAAGGCGAAGGCGGUCGUGGCCGAGAAAGUUGCAGCCGUCAAGGAGACCGUCACGGGCAAGGCCAAUGGCGAGAAGGCCGCGCCUCCAGCUGCCGGCGCGCCCAAGGUCGGGGACACAAUUGACCUCGCAGGAUUCGGCGGCGAGAUCGAGCUGCACGAUGGCACCAAGACGACGCUCGCGAAGCUCGUCGAGGAGAGCAAGAGUGGCGUCGUGCUCUUCACCUACCCCAAAGCUUCUACCCCCGGAUGCACCAAGCAGGCAUGCAUGUUCCGCGACUCCUACCAGCCCCUGACCGUCGGCGGACUGAGCAUUUACGGCCUUUCCAACGACAGCCCGAAAUCCAACAGCUCCUUCAAGACAAAGCAGAACCUCCCAUACCCUCUUCUCUGCGACACUGCCCGGACCCUCAUCUCCGCCAUUGGCAUGAAGAAGGCGCCCAAGGGAACUACACGCGGUGUGUUCGUCGUUGACAAGUCUGGCAAGGUCCUUGCGGCUGAGCCCGGAAGCCCUGAUGGCACUGUCGCCGUGGUCAAGAAGCUUGUUGAAGGUGGGGGGAGCUCCGCUGCGGCUCCCACAGCCGAUGCCGACGCUGCCAAAGAGAAGGAGGACCACGACAUGGCGCAGACGGCCGAUGACGUCGCUGAUACUGCAGCCAAGAUUGACAGCAACGAGGCCUAACUGGUCCCUCUCCGAUACGACUGUCUUUUCCAGGCUUUGCGGUGUAGGAUAUCCCCUUUUGUUUGGCGUUGGUGUGAGUUUGGUAAAACGUCCGGUACUUCCGUCCCUCGAAGUACGAAGCGCAUGUCAAAGAGCGCUUCUCGGUUGGUGACAUGAAUGAAUAUUUCUGUCGAAA